AUGAAGAGGCUCGAGAUAACGAGUCAAAGAAAGCGUAUCUUGGGGUAUGCUAACAAAUCAUCGAAGGACGUUAAAUGCAAUCCUAAGAAGGCAUUGGCUGUAGAUAAUUCAAGAAAUGGUACAAUUGCUUGCAAGGACAAAAGCAGGGCUAAAGAUUUGUUACACCCUCGGAAUUUUAAAGACCAAGAAGUCAAAUCUUCGAGAUCUAUGAAGAGUAAGAGCAGACGGAACGUAAACAAACAGUGUUGCCGCCCUACAUCUAAGGAAGUGAUUGAAAACGACAACAGUGGUAUAAAAAUUGAUGUAAAAAUGAGGGAGAAUGAAGAGCAUCUGAUAGCUGAGGAUUCAUCAGGAAAUUUCGGUUCAACAAGUUCCUCUACUCAAGAAGAAGCCAUUCUAUCCUCAGAGCCCGAGGUGCCACCAUCAACUAAGAGUACACAGGUGGGAUUGUCAGAUGCCCUGAGAUGUGGAAUGAAUUCCCCAUCAAACAAUGAAGAAAGGGAUUUGGAAAUAAAUGAUUUUCCGAAUAUUCUUGCUCUAAAUGGAGAGGGAGAUGAUGGAAAUGAUAGAAUUGCACAGGAAGGUAGCAUAAAAUCAAGCUCAAAGAAAGAGGAAAGACCUAUAGAUCAGCCAACUGAACAUCAAACUUCAGAAGGUGAAGACCACGAGGGUGAAACAAUGGACAGUGAUGAUAAAGAAAAUGCUUUGGCUUCUGAUGGCUACAGAGAUCUUAACCAUAAAAACCAGCCGUAUGGAAGAAAAAUCUUUGGCAGGCAGGAGACACAUGAAAACAGGAAAAAGGUUACUCAAACACUUGAUAAGAAUUUAAAAGAUGGGCUCCCUUCUGCUGCUACUGGUGCUUUUGGGAUAAAGUACAGAAAACCAAAGCCUACAAGCCCCAAGCCUUUUAGGCUAAGAACUCAAGAAAGAGGGAUUCUAAAGGAAACCAACCUGGAGAGAAAAAUCCAUUUUCUAGCUCCUCAGAAGGAAUCAGCAACAGUUACAAGGUUCAAAUGUGAGAACUCACACAAAAGGCCUGAUAAUGGUAUCCAAAGUAACUGCAACAGUGAUUUGCUUGAAGGCAGAGAAAAAGAAUCAGAAAAGAAUUUCCAAAAGAGUGAACUUAAACAGAGUAAAACAGCAAGCAUUUGUUCACGAGGGCAAGUGAGACCCAAAGCAGCCACAUUAACCCCACAAAGGCGUUUGAAAUCAACAAACCAAGAACCCAAAUGUAUGAUCACCCCACCUGGAUAUGAUAAGGUUUGUGUAAGCCAAAAAUCAGAGAAUAGCUCAAGAAAGACAGAAUCACCUUCUCUGCAGCGACAACUUGUUAGGCAACAAGGUUCCACUAGGAAGGAAACAUCUUCUUGCAUAACACCAUGUCAGAAACUGGGUGUAAUAAGGGAAACAUCAUCAAAACUCUCAAGAGCCAAUGAAGCAGAAAAACUGGGGGAGAGUGAAACCACCACAGCAACCAAAGGUACAGCUUCUGCUUCAAGAUCAUCAUCACGGGGAAGACGACCUGUGACCAUUCCUAAGGGACCAAAUUUUCACGGUACCCAUGUGCCAAAGAGCUGCAUAGGGAAAAUAGUGUAG